UGCAACGCCAUAACGAAAGUGAAAGAGGAAGAUGAGAGAUAUUGUUUUCUGUCGCGAUUAAUGUGGUUUGAGGGAAAGAAAAAGGACGAUAACUGUUAAAACAAAAGCCCGUGCACCCUACAUUGGCUCAAAUCUCAACCGCGCGAAGCUACACCUGGUGUAAUCAGCAGCCAAACUUCACCAGGAUCUCGCGCUAGAUGACGGCCUCGGGCAGGUUUCCUGAAUGACCUAGACACAGGCUGACCGGUAGCUAAGUGUCAAGAAGAUACUGCAAUUUUAUUCACAUUUAGAGACACAACAGAAAAUUGGCAGCAAAAGAUGUCAAAUUCAAAAAUAGUAUCAAGUGAUGAUUUACAUGCAGACAAAGGUUCGCCUGAUGGAAGCCACGCUGCUUGCAGUCCUUCAGAUGUUAAAACUGGGUUGACCAAAAACAAACCAAGCUUCUUCCAUAACAGUAAAAAAGUAUCACAAGAAACCAGUGACAUGGAGGUUGAUGAGCCUGAUGCAAAUCUGAGAGAAGAGACUGGAAUACUUAGAAACAUAAGCAAAAGGUUGAGCAAAAGGUUAAGUUUGACGUCAACCAAAAACAAAACAGUAAAUGUGUCAGAUGGAAAUACAGCAAAUAAUUUGAAAGGAGACAUCAAAGAACAGGAAGAAAAGUGUAAUUCACUAGAAAACCAAGAUGCUAAAUGCUCAACUGAGAACACUAAGUUGCUGUCAGUAAUGGAAAUAAACCAGUUAUUAUCCCAAAACCUGUUACUAGAGGCAAAUGAAAAUAUAAAUAAAUUGGAAGAAGAGUUAUUUAAUGAAAGAGAGCCUGAAAAAGAUGAAAAAUACCACCAGGAAUACAUUAAAAAAGUUCGUGAUUUUAACUUGCUCUGCGACAAGCUUGCUGAAAAAUUAACUUGCAUAGCCUCAAAUUCAUUCACUGUGGCUCAACAAGACAGUAGAAUUUUGUGUGUGGCAUUGAAAGUUGUUGAACUGCAAGAAGCAGCAGACAAAAAUUGGGAAGAAAGGAUGAAUCCUCCUACCACUAACUGUUUCAGACGUCCACGGAAGUGGAAUGAUUUGUGGAAAGAAACAGUUUGUAAAAGUGUGCAAGAAAGAAUAGCUACUGUGUGUUUACUUACAAGGCAACAGGAUGCAAAGUGGCUUGCAUUACACUUGGAACAGCUUCAACAAACUAUUUUGGAAGAUCUGAAAAUUGUGAAAAAUUUCAUACAAAAAUGUUACCCUGAAAAUUACAAGAUCUUUAAUAUGUAUGUAGAAUGCUAUCACAGUGAUGUAUCUUCUCACCUGGAGCGCAUCCAACAGAACCAUCUUGAAUAUAACGAACUUUAUUCAUUUCUCAAUUGGGUUCUUCACACCUAUCAAAGCCCCGAUGUUAUGAGUCAUCCUGAUCUUUCACUAGAGGUGAAAAUGAAAGAACUUGGCCCUUUGUUAAACCAAGAGGUUAUGGAAAAUGUCAUGGACAAAUAUGCUAAAGCAUUGAAGGUGAUAAUUUCAAACUGGAUGAAAAAUUCUUUGGAGGAAGAGAAGACAAAAAUGCUUGAGUUUGAAACACAAGACCCAGAAUUAAAGAUCGGUUGUUACCAUUCUAAUAUGGCCUUUGAUAUCACUCAGAUGGUUUAUGAAUGUCUGAAAAAUGUAGACAACAUCAGCAAAAAACUGAAGGACAAAGCUUUACAUAUCUGUUUUGAUGAAUUAGAAAAUUUAAUACACUGCUAUCAUGAUAUAAUAAUGUGCAAGCCAAAUGUAGUACCAGUUCUGAUGGUAGGCCUCAUCACCUGCAUUGAUUUGAGAGAAAAUAUAGAGAAACUGAAGCAGGACAAUGAUGUGCAUGCCAACAAAAUAGAAAAGACAUUAAUCAGUGUUGUAAAACAACUCAAUAACAGUAUCUCAAAUGAAAUUUUGCUUCGGGUGAAGCUUUAUUUUAAGAAACUCAUGACAAAGAAGUGGCUAUCCAAUAGUGAGGAUUUUAAUCAGAUAAUAAGCAUUGCUGAAAAGUAUUGUGAAGAGUUCAAGAAGAUGAAACCAGCCAAUUACCAGGUUUUGGUAUCUAGCAUCCACUAUCAGUUUGUUAAAGAGUACAUAGCACAAAUCGUGAAACAACGCUUUCGCUGCAAAUCAUCUGAAGAACGUGACAGAGCAGCAAAUAAGAUCAGGGAAGAAUUGGGGACAAUAAAUGAGAUGUAUGGAGAAUUCGGAAGUACUGCUUUGUGGCUUUUGCCUUUAGCCCAAGAGUUGCCUGAUUUUAUCAGUUCAGACAAAAGUGAACUUGAGACAAAACUGAAAACAUUAUAUAUGGACUAUCCAGACAUUGGUGAAAAACAUCUUUUAGCCCUUCUUCAUUUUCGUGGAAUAUUGAGAGGAAAAAGGAAAAGCAACUUAAUUAAGUAUUUCAACCAAGUGUUAAAAGAAUCAGAAGACUCAGUAACACUGUCCCACCCUCUUUUUGAAGAAAUUAAAAUGGAGGGACAACUGAACUGCAUGUCUUAAUUUACAUGAGAGUUUUAAUGUAUUUUAAACUUACCAAGCAUGCUUGGGCACAAUGUGUUAAUAUAGAUGCAUCCGAUACAUAAUGGCUGUGUUGAUCUAAAAAUUUCAUUUAUUUGUUUAUUUUAAAAUCUGUCGGUCUUCUACUCUUUGCUGUUUGUCUUAAAAUUUUCACUACAUUGACAUGAUUUAGCUAUUAUAUUCAGACUGCCUGUAAAUGAUAAUAAGAGAAUUAGUUUUAUUGGAAAGGAAGAUUUGAAUAUUUGGCAUCUUGAUUCCAUAGUAAUGAAUUCUGUCAAAUAGUAAAGUAAGUAGAAAGCUUUCAAAUAUAGUUUUUGUCUGCUGGGGAGAUAAGAAAAAUUCUAGCCAUGCGCCAUACUCCUUUUACAAGGAAUCAUUGACAAUUUCUGUUCCAAUAUUAUUGAGUAAAACUACGAAGAGGAGCAUGGGCUAGUUUUAGAAAUAGGGCCAUCUGUAGAAAAGCAGAAUCUAAGGAAAAACAUGAACUUUAAUUCACUUUGGAUUACUUAUCUUAACCAAAACUUUACAUUUAUCAUUUGAGAGCACAAGCCUUGAUAGGAAGUUGAGAUGUGAACCAAUGGAAGUGUGUUCAACCUACAUUUGAGAUUACAGUUUUCUUUCACUCAACUUUAAAUGGAAGCUGUUGCAGCAAAAAUGAAAAAUUUUGUCUGCUGUACAUAAUUAGGUUCUUUCCUUCAAGUAAUGGUAACUUUGAGGUUGAAACAAGAUGAUUUUGAAGGAAUAACAUUUAGGUGCUCGUACAUACAGCACCAAAUAACAUUAUAGUUUUUCUAGAAUUUGCUUAACACUAAAAAACAUUUCCUUUAGGCAAUAGAGAUGUGACCAAACAACAGAGGAAAUAUUUAAGUGCAUAUUGGUUGGUCAGAGAGAUGGCUUUAAGAAGGGCAUUAUGUUAAGGGCCAGUGGUGAGGAUGCAGAGGGUUAUAAAGGGGUGAUUUGGAAGCAUAGCAUUUAGAUAACAGAUGGCAAAGUCAUGAUUUGUGAGGUGAAAGGAGGGAGCUUGCACAAAAGGCCAGAAUCAGACAAACACAAUGUUUGGAGUGGAGUAAAUGCAGUAGAAUGGGAGAGAUUACACGGAAAGGGAUAUAUAACAGUAGGAGCAGGCUGUACAAUUGCUCCUGUUACACACUUGUUGAUCAAUUUUACUCUUUCUUCCAGUAUAUCUUUGUUACCUAAAAAUGUCUGUCAAUCUCAGUUUUAAAAUUUAAAGCAUCCAGCAUGCUGAGGCUUCUAGACACUCUUCCUUUGUUUUUAAAAAGAAAGCCUCCAUCCUGCCUUGGUCUUGGUGCCUGUAUGAGUCCAUCACAAUAGUAAUUAGUCUGAAGCCAGUAGAAUGAUGAACCAAAAUCACCGUUCAAUGGUGAUAAUUUAAGAAGUAGAACAAGAGCAGUCAUGUUUCGAGAAUCAAAUUAUGGUGAGAGAACAGUAGAAAUCUGUUAUUUCAGAAAAUAGAAAGUUUGCAAUUAUUGAAAAUAUUUUGUCAUGCAAAAUAUAGUUUACAAGCCUCUUUAAUAAUCAAUAACUAUCUCUGCUAAUGUAUAGCCAGAUAAUCUUUUGGUUACUGAUGGCAUUGUGACAAAUUUUUUUUGAUUCUGAAAUUGUGCUACUUUUACCGAGAUAUUGAAAAAAUGAAGAUACAUCCAGGUUAUUUGGAAACACUGAUGAUGCUGAAACCAAGAGAAACACCCAGUCUAGGAAUCCAAAAGCAUAAUAGUUGUCUUGCAUGACAUAUUUAAACAACUGUGAUCAAGCUGAAUAAUUUUUGGAAAUCACUGAACAUUGAUUGCAUAGCUGAAGUCAUGAACUUGCUAUGAACCCAUACUUAGCCACUUGAAGAUGCAGUUCAGAGAUUCCUUCUUGAGUUGAUUCAGUCAACUGAAGAUAACUUUUAAAAGCAUCAUCCAAUCUUGCCAAGUUUGUGGCUUUGGCAACAAUAUUUACGAUAGCAACAUGCAUGAAAAUCUUCACAAAUUCCUUUACACCAAGAGAAUUUCAUCUAAAAAUUAUAAAUGUAUCUAUAAUUAAAACAAAUGUGCUGGAAAUAAUCAGGCUGAUCAUCAAUGUGAAACAUUAUGCUUAUUUCUUCUCAACAGAUGUUGUCUGACACCCUCAGCAUUUU